UCCACUGUCCAAGCCAUUCCAUCAUCUUACUGUACUUACAUGGCGACGGCGAUGGCCGUGGCGGGAGCAGCCUGCGCCUCCCGGCCGCCGCGCCCACCGCGCCGGAGAGGGACCGCGCCGCCGCGCGCCGCGGCGGGGGCUGUGGAGAUACGGGUCUGCACGAACCGCACGUGCGCGCGGCAGGGCGGGCGCGAGGUGCUCGCGGCGCUCGAGGGGCUCUCGCCGCCCCCGCCGCGCGUCGACGUGGCUUCCUGCGGGUGCCUGGGCCGCUGCGGGGCCGGGCCCAACGUCGGCGCCUCCGUCCCGGGCCGCGGCAACGCUAUAUUCGGCCACGUGGGCACGGCGGCCCGCGCCGCGCAGCUCCUGGAGCACCUCCUCGGCGCCGCCGAGUUCGACGCCGCCGCGGGGCUCGCCGCGCUGGCCCUACGGGAGAAGGCCGAGGCCGCCCUCGCCGACGGGGACGCCGCCCAGGCGGAGGCCCUCUUCACCGAGAGCAUCGCAAUGGAUGCUCCCGGUGGACUGCAUCUGGCCUACGGAGGCAGGUGUAAGGCGAGACUGGCGAUUGGUGAUACCGCCGGUGCACUCGCAGAUGCCGAGGAGGCGAUAAGGGUAGCUCCCAAAUUUCCUCAGUCUCACUUGUUGCGAGGGGAUGCACUAUUCGCACUGGGAGAGUACCACUCCGCAGAGGAUGCGUAUGCACGUGCCUUAGAUCUUGACCCAUCUAUUCGCCGGUCCAAGUCUUUCAAGGCCCGCUUGGAAAAGCUACGGGAGAAGCUUGUCACUGUCAGCAGUAGUUCAUCAUAGUUGAGACUGAAAAAACUGCACUUGUAAGAUGAGAUGAAAAGGUUCAUCCAGCAAGAAAUGUAUGUAUAGCUUGUGGGUUCAUCAGUCUAUAUAAUUCUCAAUGCAACCUCUGCAAGUGUCACAUCUAGCUAGCUUUGCUCGUUCAUUUUAACAUUAUGCGGUGUACAGUGAUCUUCCGUUGACUCCUUAGAAGAAAGAGACGAUAUAUAUGUUGACCAUCCUUGUUGUGUCCAUGUACUUUUGAACUCGAUAUAUCCUAUUUGAAAUAAAUAUAGCAAAUUCGAAGUA